CCAAAAAAUAACUACCAUACCAGCAGCCCAUAGACAGCCACGUGUCCAUCCCUUCACUCUCAGACAACCACCGCUCUUGUCGGCCCAUGCAAACCGCCCCAAUGAUCAAAUACUAUACCCACUCUCUCCCUCAUCAUACUUGCAUUCCCCAAACAAAAGCAGAGCGAGAGAGAGAGAGAUAGAGGGAGUAUCAUGGAAGCGAUUGAAGUUGCGAACACCACCACCACCGCCACUAACACCGCUGCGGACGGUGGUGAUGCCGAGAGCACGAAGGUCGAAGAGGGCAAGAUUGUAGAGGCACAGAAGAAGAACAGGAUUCAAGUUUCAAACACCAAGAAGCCCCUCUUCUUCUACCUCAAUCUCGCCAAGAGGUGCAUUAAGCAGCACAACAACGUCGUGCUUUCUGCUUUGGGAAUGGCUAUUCCAACUGUCGUCACAAUUGCUGAGAUUCUGAAGGCCAACGGACUCGCGAUGGAGAAAGGGGUUUGGACAUCUACCGUUGGCAUCAAGGAUGAAGCAAAAGGCCGCAUAAUUCAGAAGCCUAAGAUCGAAAUUGUGCUGGAAAAGAACGAGAAUGCUGAAAAUCGGAAGGACAAUAUUGCGACAGCACCCAAGGAGGAGGCUGAUGCUGAGAAGGAAUCAGAAAUCAGUGCCAAGGAGUUGGUCGAGGCAGUUUGAUCAACGGGAGAAAUUUCUGAAUACUGAUAGUUUAUAUACAUCUAUGAUCUAUGUAUAGCUAGAUAGGUCGAGCAAAUUGGAUCUGCCGUCAAUAUCACCGAGGGUUUUUGGUGGCGGCGUUCCAAAUGGAAAUUGUAUUCACUUUGUUUACUCUUGUCUUCCAUUUUCCUGUGAAGUGUUGGUAACAACAACUUCAGCAAUGUUCUUUUUGGCCCAUGUACAAUCUACAGAUUCAUUUUGUAGGAGAGAA